AUGUCAAGAAGGAUCAGAGUAGAGAUGGCCAAGAGAGAGAAGCAGACACACAGCACAUACGUGAAACCCGUGGUUGGUCGACAGGCUUUCGAAUCGCCAACGAACACUGCCCAGUUACACUUCAGCUACUGGGGCAAACGCAAUUUUCUCACACGAAUGAUGCAAUGUGGAUUGAUUUGCGGUCUGCGAAACACCCUCUUGUGCCGGGUUGUGGCGUACGAGGGUUGGUCGCUGGUCCUGAAUGUCGUUACAACGAACUCACAACAACGAAGGGAAAAAGUCAGCUCCUUUUUGCAAGUUUCAGAGAAAAAUGUGAACCGGCAGUGUCACAGUUGA